AUGGCGGCUGGUGAGAGGCGAUCAAAUCACAGAUUGCUCAGGACGUCUUUGAUUUUGGAUCAAGGUGACACCUGUGCAUUUCAUCACGGAGACUGUUUCAGAUUGUGUGCUUGUAACGCGAGAACAGUGUUCACAGAUACUGACCCACAUGUCCUCGGUAUGAAGAACGUUUACUGCGAAAACGGAGGAGUACAACUUGAAACUGCUAGAUUGUGA